AUGCGGCCCAGCCACAACCAGAUCUCCAGCGGCCCUCAGUGCUCCUUCCUGCCCAAGUUCUCCAUCCAUAUAGAGAGCAAGUAUGAGGACAACAAAGGCAGCAAUGAUAACAUAUUCGGCAGUGAGCCUAAAGAUGAGGAAACUGAGGUGUGUUUCGUGGACAUAGCCUACGACGAGGUCCCUGAACGCCACUACAAGGAGUCAGAGGACUUGCGCUACUUCAAGUCAAGGAAGACCGACCGGGGACUCCUGCAGGAAGGAUGGAUCCACACUCAAGACCCCAUCAUGUGCUCCUACAAGCUGGUCAGCGUCAAGUUUGAAGUGUGGGGCCUGCAGACACGCGUGGAACAGUUUGUACACAAGGUAAUCCGAGACGUCCUUCUGUUGGGACACAAGCAGGCCUUUGCCUGGGUGGACGAGUGGAUAGACAUGACAAUGGAGGAGGUCAGAGAGUACGAGCGUGCCACUCAAGAAGCCACAAACCUCAAAAUCGGCACCUUCCCUCCAGCCAUCUCCAUCACAGAGACUCCCCUUCCAUCCAACACCCGCAGUGGCCCAAACAGCGCCCCGUCUACCCCUCUCUCCACCGAAGCCCCCGAGUUCCUGGCUGUUCCGAAGGACCGUCCCAGGAAGAAGUCUGCCCCGGAGACCUUGACCUUGCCGGAUCUGCAGGGCCGGCGGGAUUCCAUUUUCAAACUUCCCAGCUUCUUCUCCUGGAACGCCAGUCCUCAGCCUGAAUGAGAGCGUGUGAGAAGCCGUCCCAAACGUGUAUACGCCCUCUACUCUCAACAAAGCAGAGGAUGCCUGCCUGCCCAGCACAUCCCAUAAUGCCCCAUCAGCCAGCCAGCUGAAGGAGACUUGUCAGCAUCACUGGCUGGUGUUACAGCACAGCCUGCAGACAGGCAAGCCUGAAGUCUUGCUGUUCCUUAAAAAGGGAUGGAAACUCCACGGUGGCCCUUAAGUCCAGUAAAGUCAGCCAGUGAGCACCACUUAGCCCAAUUAUGUGUAAAAUACAUUCCUUUAAAAAAAAGCUCAGGGUGUGGAUGCUCAGAUAUGUUAUGGUUGAAACACAUGAUGCACAUGUUGUGGUUUUUUUUGCUUCUGGCGUGAGUGAGUGUAGUUGGGCCUGUGACUGUAACACUGACUACUAUGGUUGCUACACUUGGCUCUAAGGUGACGGUAUAGCUGUAAAUGGCAUAUGAUUUUUAUUAUGAAUAUACUGCCAAACAAAAUCUUAAGACCGGGUGGGAAAUUGCAAGUAUUUUCAAUUUGGGCUGGUGGAGCAUCAACAACACGAAAAAAGAAGAAACAUAAUCGUCAAAAAUGUAUUGAAAACUGUACUAUUGUUCAUCAGAUGAUCAAGAUGAAGAUCAAAGCUUUAAAAAGUCAAAAUCAGUGCCAAAAUCGGGCUUCCAUGUCAUUUUUUCACACUCAUGACCUCCGAAUGGCAAAGGGAAAAAAAGGCUUUCAGUCCUUGAACAGGUUUGUUAAACUGCACAACUAAGGUCCCCUGCCAUACGCCAUUGGACGCAGCAAGAUGGUGAUGUUAAAUAAGAAUGCUGCCACAUAGCCGGCCACCAAGUGCUGCCAUCUUAUUGGCUAUAUUGGGCUGCAGUUAGCAUCAGUAAAGAUUGAAAUUUGAAUCCAGGAUAAACAACUUGUGUGACUUUAAAUAAAUAAAGCUCUAUCUGGUUACAAUCCUCAAGCACAUAAUGCAAAUACUUGUCAUUUUCCCCCAAUCUUAUGAUUUUGUUGAGGACUAUCAAUAAUAAUCCUGCUGUCAUGCUAAACUGACUGUUGUGUAUUUAAAUGGACACACUACCUAUUUACUCUGCUAGUGUUUUGCAUGAAUUUGGCAUAAUUGUGUGCUUUCUGUGUAUGUGUAGUUGUAACAUCAAACUGUAUUGCCUUUAUGCUGGAGUUAACGUUAUGUAAAUGAAAUGAAUUUAAAUAAAUACGAUAGCAGCCA